CGUGACGUCAUCUGGCAGCAAUGGGAACUCGAGCGAGCGCUGAGAAAAUGAGCAACAUUCCCCUUUCUCGCUCCGAGGUGUUCGGGGAGCUGAGGAAGGAGCUGCACAAUGAUCACGAGUUCCGAAAAUCCGACGCUCAUAUAUUUAUCAUCAUGGGAGCCUCGGGUGACCUGGCCAAGAAGAAAAUCUACCCAACACUGUGGUGGUUGUUCAGAGACGGUCUUCUCCCAGAGAAAACAUUUUUUAUUGGCUUUGCUCGUUCUGACCUGACAGUUGAUGCUAUCAGGGCUUCGUGCAUGCCAUACCUCAAGGUGACAGACUCAGAAGCAGAUCGUUUGUCUGUCUUCUUUAGCAGGAACUCUUAUAUAUGUGGAAAAUAUGCCGAUGGGGAUUCCUUUGCCAAUCUCAAUAAACACAUCCUAACACUCCCUGAAGGAUCAGAAGCAAAUAGGCUCUUCUACCUGGCCCUGCCACCCACAGUUUACCACAAUGUUACCCAGAAUAUAAAACAUCACUGUAUGAGCGAAAAAGGCUGGACCAGAGUGAUUGUCGAGAAGCCGUUUGGACAUGACCUUCAGAGCUCUGAAGAGUUGUCUGCUCACCUCUCGUCCCUCUUCACUGAAGACCAAAUCUACCGUAUUGAUCACUAUCUAGGCAAAGAAAUGGUGCAAAACCUUAUGGUGCUCAGAUUUGGGAACCGCAUCUUUGGACCAAUUUGGAAUAGGGACAGCGUGGCCUGUGUGGUCCUCACAUUUAAGGAACCAUUUGGCACUCAGGGAAGAGGAGGCUACUUUGAUGACUUUGGAAUAAUCCGAGAUGUCAUGCAGAACCAUCUGCUCCAGUUGCUGUCUCUGGUUGCCAUGGAGAAACCAGCCUCCACUAGUUCUGAUGAUGUCAGAGAUGAAAAGGUCAAAGUGCUGAAAUGCAUCAAUCCGGUGUUAAUGUCAGAUGUGGUGCUGGGUCAAUAUGUGGGUGACCCAGAAGGGGAAGGCGAUGCCAAAUUGGGUUACCUUGAUGAUCCCACAGUUCCUAAAGGAUCCACUCAGUCCACAUUUGCCACAGCAGUGCUGUACGUGCACAAUGAGCGCUGGGAUGGCGUUCCUUUCAUCCUCCGCUGUGGAAAAGCUCUAAAUGAGAGGAAGGCCGAGGUGCGGCUGCAAUUCACAGACGUCCCCGGGGACAUUUUCGGAAAUCAGUGUCGCCGAAAUGAGCUGGUGGUUCGUGUGCAACCCAAUGAAGCCGUUUACGCCAAGAUGAUGAGCAAGAAACCAGGCGUGUACUUCUGCCCCGAGGAAACGGAGCUGGAUCUCACCUACAAGAGCAGAUAUAAGGAUGUAAAGCUACCAGAUGCCUAUGAACGUCUCAUUCUGGACGUUUUCUGUGGGAGUCAGAUGCACUUUGUACGCAGUGAUGAAUUAAAAGAAGCCUGGAGGAUCUUCACUCCACUCCUUCACCAAAUAGACAAUGAGAAGCCAAAGCCUAUUCCUUACAAAUACGGAAGCCGGGGUCCAACAGAAGCAGAUGACCUUGCAAAGAGAGUCGGAUUCCGCUAUGAAGGCACCUACAAAUGGGUGAACCCCAAUAAACUUUAGUUGCGCUGAUUGCAGGGAGGUCGGUAGAAUAGUCCGGUGGGGUGCAACAUGGUAGGUGAGCCACAAUAUGUUUCAACAUAGUUUACAGAGUGACACGUAUCUACUGUGUGGCUCUAUCUCAGGUAAAUAUGUAAUUUCUCUGAGACACUUUAUCAGAUGUUCAAAAGAGUGAUUAAUUUAACCAAGUUGACACUAUCCUAUUUUGUGUUUUUUAAAUAACUCAUUUAUGGGAAACAGUUAGUUUGGGAACAAAACAAAUCUGAAUAUUUAGUCCAUACCCUCAGCUACCUAGUCGACUGCCAUACUGGAGUGUGGAGUGUGUACCAAAAAGAUGGUAACUAUAACAACGCAGAGUAGAGCACUGUGCACAAGCAAAACCUUCUAUUGUGAUUGUAAUACCACAAAGCUUGCGUUUUAUUCAUCGCAUUUGGUGGAACUUUUGUUUGCCUUCUCUUGCCUGUUACCGGAACACUGGCUCUUGUAAAUAGACAUAAAAGUAAAAGCCGGUAAUCUUAUUUUUGCAGCAUUUGUAUUGAAAAAGUCUUAAGUGUCCUCAAGGACGAGACUGUAAAAACUCUUGCAUAACCUCCCUCUGAUCGCAUUCCCUUUUGUUUACAUUUUCACUCAAGUUACACAGGUUCAUUCCAUAUUUUAAAAAGCACUCUUCACGGCAGCUCGUAAUGACCAACUGCGUACUGCUUUUCUCUGCACUAUCAUGUCAUGCUAGAAAUACUACUUUCAAAUCUUGUAAUAAAGUACAUUUGCCUCUUUGUUUCA